AUGGCAGAGGAAAUGGCUAAAGUUAUCAGCUUAAAUCUAUUAGUGAAAAGAAUAACAAAAAGACAAACCAAUCGUGCAAAUCCUUUUACAGAUUCGGAUAAUAAUAAAAUAUCAGAAAUAAACGUUGAACGUUAUUAUCGAACUACAAUAUUCAUUCCAUAUUUGAAUAAGCUAUUAAAAAUUUUAUAUGUCCUACCCGUUUCAACAUCCACCCCAGAAAGAACAUUUUCAACAUUAAAGAGGGUGAAGACAUACACAAGAAACUCAAUGCUUGAAGAACGUUUGAAUGGAUUAACGCUAUUGGUAGUUCAUAAAGAUAAUAUAAUCGUUACUCCAUAUGAAGUCUUAGAUGAAAUGGCUUAG